UCGUUUUCUUGUUAAAUCCACUCUACCCAAGUGGCUGUGAGUUCUCAGAAUCGCCGGAAGGCAUCUUCCUAAGAGCUUUUCUCCACAUAGCUCGAUGACAGGCAAGAGAAAGAACCAGAGACUUCUUUCACAUAUAGGAAGACUUUAGAGGCGCGUGCGCCUAGUGUGUGUGUGUGUGUGAGAGAGAGAGAGAGAGAGAUGGCGGACCGCUUCUUCCCCAACGAAAUGCCCGACUUCGUCCCAGAAACACCAGCAGAGGAGCAAUCAACCUUCGAAAGAAGUGGAGAUUCGCUCACAAAGCUACUCUCUCUUCCUUUCAACACAGUCGCCGACGCACUAAAACGAGCAGCUAUUGAAGCAAAACAGACAGUUGUGAAGGAGACAUGGGGGCGAAGUGGGAGACGUAUACUAGACUAUACCGUUUAUACUGGGGCUCUUGGGACUGCUUACCUGCUCUUCAAAGCUUAUCAAAUUACUAACAAUAAGGACGAUCUUUACCUUUGUUCUGAGAUUAUUAAGGCCUGUGACACUGUAUCUCGCGAUUCCAGGCAGGUGACGUUCAUUUGUGGGCGGGGUGGUGUUUAUGCUCUUGGUGCUGUUGUGGCAAAGCACAGCGGUGAUGUAGGGCUCUGUGACCAAUAUUUGACCAAAUUUAAAGAGAUUAACCUUCCUAAAGAUCUUCCAAAUGAGUUGCUAUAUGGGAGAGCAGGGUUCUUGUGGGCAUGCUCAUUCUUAAAUAAGAAUAUUGGAAGAGAUGCAAUAUCUUCUAACCGCACAAGGCUUGUUGUCGAUGAAAUUAUCAGCUCUGGUAGAAGAUUGGCAAACAAGGGAAGAUGCCCGUUGAUGUAUGAAUGGCAUGGGAAGAAGUACUGGGGCGCUGCUCAUGGAUUAGCUGGGAUUAUGCAUGUUUUGAUGGAUAUGGAGCUGAAGCCAGAAGAGGUGGAGGAUGUUAAGGGUACACUGCACUUUAUGAUAAGAAACCGUUUCCCUAGUGGAAACUAUCCCUCAAGUCAUGGAAGUGAAUCAGACCGUCUUGUGCAUUGGUGCCAUGGUGCUUCUGGGGUUGCUCUUACUCUUGUCAAAGCAGCCGAGGUUUUUAGAGAUGAGGAGUUCCUUAAGGCAGCCAUAGAUGCAGGGGAGGUGGUGUGGAACCGGGGGUUGCUUAAACGAGUUGGACUUUGUCACGGCAUCAGCGGGAAUACCUAUGUGUUUCUUGCACUCUACCGACUAACAGGUAAAGUGGAGUUUUUAUACAGGGCCAAAGCUUUUGCUUGCUUUCUACAUGACAAAUCUCAAAGGCUUAUAUCGGAGGGGGUAAUGCACGGAGGUGAUCGCCCCUUUUCACUGUUUGAAGGCAUUGGAGGAAUGGCUUAUGUCUUUCUGGACAUGAGUGAACCAUCUGAGGCUAGGUUUCCUGGCUAUGAGCUGUAGUUGACAGGAUAUAUUAUACAUGUAUGCAUGCCACUUUGCGUAAGAAGACCCAAACGUUCUGUAAAUAUAUGAGAGAACCAAUGUUCAUGAAAA